AUGGGUUCCUGCCCACCCCAGACGUCUUCCUCACCUGCAGCAGCUAGAGCGUCCGCCCCUCGCUUCCUGUCGGAUGAAGGAAGACGCACACAGGCUCUGAUUCCAAUGAUGACGGGGGUCUUCAUGGACUCAUCGCCUAAUGAUGACUACAGCACGGACCACUCUCUGUUCACUUCUUCUUCCAGCGUCCACGCUGCCUCCAUGGCAGCUCAAAGCCAGCCUGAGGAACUCCCCCAGUCCAUGUCCAGGGACGCCAUUUGGCUCUGGAUAGCCAUCACUGCCACCAUUGGGAACAUUGUAGUCCUGGGUGUAGUGUACGCGUUCACAUUCUGA